AUGUUUGAAGUAGCUAGUUUGAUAACUAGUUCACCGACUAUUCUGACUAUGGAACAAUUUGGCAGAAUGAGAAUAGAAUGGUAUCAAAUCGUGCCUCAUGGGACACUUCCACGUACUGCCGAUCCUCAGAUUCUCUUAACCAGCUCAUUUCCGGGUGAUUUCCCGCCAAUGAAGACCAUGGUUUUUUAUAAGUACGGAGUGCUUAUGGGAAGCAUACUCAACCUUCAAGUAUCCGAUGAAGUCAGAGUCGACUUGCAAGCAUUCCAAAAUCUUCACAUCCCCAACCUUGGCGGAAGUCGUAUGGAGAAGUUCCUGUUGUGGGGUGAUUAUGGCCUUCAUAGUACCCAGCUUCGUCAUCAAUGUCGGGGCUAUAACCAACAUCCUAUGCAGAUCUGGGUUGAAUCAAAACCUGAGAAGAAAUUGGAGAAUAUGGUUCUGUGGUUAGCCGAUCAAAUCUGUCUGGUGGACAUACAGGGUACAUUUGGGCUCAUAUCCGGCCUAUUAAAUGGUGUCAGCUAUCUGCACUCUAAUACUCAGUGGCGUUAA